AGCACGUUAAAAAAUAAAUCCAUAAAUUUCAUCUCUUCUGCUGGAAUUAUGAUUCGUUUCCCUUUUUCAAGCCAGCGUACACCCUCACUCCAGCGAAACUAACUGGCAUUUUUCUUAAAACCUUUCCAGGCAUAAGAACGUUAAGUAGUGCAAGUAACAGCAUAAGUUCACCGUUCAUAUAAUUGUUUAAGUGUAUCCUAAAUGAAAGUUACGCUUUUUCUGGGAAAGAGCUUGUUUGUGAAAUAAUGUCUGGAAUUUUAAUGUAGAGUUAUAGUUUAAUAUAAGAUUUACAAUGGAUAAUCAACCGCCCGGUGCUCCGCGUCAGCAUUUUGAAAAUCUAGUGAGAGAUCGUCGACAUAAUACGCCAAUGGAUUUUAUUCAUUUGAACCUUCCAAGUUGUUGUCUUCAGCGGCUAUGCCCAAGAAAUGACGGGGUGUUCCUUGCAGUUACUCGAAAAGGAUAUCACUUAAUCUUGGAUGUGCAUCAAUUCCGGCCAAACGAAUUAUCAGUGAAAACCAUUGGCAAUGAAAUCGUAUUUGAAGCCAGGCAUGGACAACGUAAUGAGGACAAUGGAUUGGCUACGAGGAACAUCACCCGACGCUUCUUCCUCCCAUCAGGUUACAAUCCUUUGUCCGUUGUAUGUACACUCGAUCUUGAUGGAGUACUAAAUAUCACAGCGCCUGCACCGGGACGAAGUGCUCAUGAAGAACGUCAGGUCGAAAUCCACUUCACUACAAAACGGCGUCCCCGUCCACCCGGCCGAAAUAAUCGUCCCCGGCACGGGGGACCAAAUUAGAUGCCAUCAUGGCAUCUUAAGAAAUUCAGAAAAGCAUCAUUUUCAAUCCUUGUAAUUUCGGUCUGUUGAUUUUAAUUUGUAGAGGAAACUAAUAAAUUAUUCAAAUGAU